AUGUCCCUUUUCGUAUCAAAGCUUGAUUUCUCAAAGCCCUACCCAAAGCCAAAGAGAAGAACUGGUGGCUGCAAGCCGUUAAACCCUUUCCCAGUCAAGCUCUACAAGAUGAUUAUGCACUUGGCCGAAAGGGGGCAGGAUGACAUUGUCAGCUGGGGACCUGGAGGCGCUUCCUUCCUUGUCCAUGACACUGAACGUCUCGUGUCCGAAGCCUUGCCUACUUAUUUCAACCAAACAAAGUAUAAGUCGUUCCAAAGACAACUGAAUUUUUAUGGCUUUGAACGCAUCUUGGAGGGCCCUCUCGAAGGAUCCUACUGGCACCCCAUGUUCCGCAGAGGACAAGAGCAAAUGUGCCGCAAUAUUGAUCGUAAAGAUCAGAAGCAAACGAAAUGCAAGUCUUCCGUUCCCCGAAUGAUACUAGGUCUCCAAGAUAUCAUCAUUCCCAGACACACUUCUGAAGUAGCACAAGAUGCUGAGUUAAUGAAGGCCCCCGAACCACAACAACAUAAAUGCAGCCGAAUAUCGUUCGAGAACCUUUCCGACAUGAAUAUGGAACGCAUUGAAUUGGAACCUGCUUCACUCAUGCUUCAAAAGAGCAUGUUCACAUUGGAGCCCAAGCCCUUUCCGCCACACGAAAGCAUCCUCGCCAACGGACAACAUUUUUACAACUUUGGCAAGUCCUUUUUCGUUGUUGAAAACGACUUGGGCGAACUACUUUCAAAGCACGCUACUAUUUAA